AUGACGGACGCUAUCAUCCACCUGACCGCGGGCACCGUGGCGGGUAUGACCGGCGUCCUCUUCGACUACCCGCUCGAUACCGUAAAGACACGCAUGCAAGUGAGCAGGUGCGCAACGGUGCCCCACCGCUACAGUCCCACGGGAGUUACGGCAGCGGCCAGCCUAAGCACUGCCGCACCGGUGACGUACUGGCAGUGCGCCUCCCAGCUCUAUCAACGCGGCGGUGUUCGAUCAUUUUACUGCGGUCUGAGUGUGCCGCUAGCAGCCCAGGGCGCCGAGGCCGCCGUUGUCUUCUCGGUCUACAACGUAUCUCUGCAACACUUUCUGCGCAAGGAGCAGCUGCAACGCCAGGAGCAAGAGCGGGUAAGGUUGUCGGGGUCUUGGGGUGAUCACAAGGCACGAUCCCAUCGGCAUCAGCACAUGCACAGCAAACAUGAGCAGCCUCAGCAGCAGCCACAUGCGUCUGUGUGGAACUCGCCGGCGCACUGGAAAGCCUCAGCGUGCGCGGGCCUCGCCGUGUCGCUCAUCUUGACGCCGGUCGAAAUGCUGAAGUGCAACAUGCAGAUGGAGAGCGCCAGGCCGCUCUGGAGGCGGCGCCAUACGACGGUGCGCGGCCUCGCUCGUCACCUGGUGGCGACGCACGGUGUGCGUGGUCUCUACACCGGGGGGACCGGCACUUUGACGCGUGCUGUACUGGGCAACAUGGCAUAUUUUGUGUCCUAUGGGCAGUGCCGGGAGUGGCUGGCGCAGAGGCUUCCCCCAUCGCUGCGCGAUGGCGAAGCUGCACCGAUUUGGCACCCCAUGCUAGCCGGCGGGAUCAGUGGCUGCUGCUACUGGAGCAUCGCUUAUCCGGCUGACGUGGCCAAGACGAAAAUGCAGGUCUGUCCGACAGCGCGACAGCAAGGCUUUACGAGGACGCUUGCUAGCUUGUACCGCAGUGGAGGAGUGGGGGCGCUGUUCCGCGGCUGGGGUGUCACGGUGGUGCGAGCAUUCUUGUCGAGCAGCAUUGUCUUUACCACCCACGAGCACAGCAGCAGCACCUUGCGGGAGCUCUCUUCCGUGUAUCGCGCGCUUGCGCGCGACAGUGCUGCGACGUCGGCAUCCAGCGCCGCCUGUGAGCUGCAAGAGGAGCUGAUUUCUCACCACUACUGA